AUGGACAAUCCGAGGACAGAGAAAGCUGCUGAUGCAGGUGGCCAGCUGGGCGCCCUGCAAUCGCACUUGCUCAGAAACCCUGAUAUCUCCAUGAACCGACAAAUGAGGGGUCUAAUGGAUGAGAAUCCGGAACUGGAGAGGAUGAUUUUUGAUCCAAAAAUAUUGAAGACAUCUACAGAUGCAUUCCAAGAUCCGUCGGCUGUACGCGAGCUGAUCAGCAACAUGGAGACUGCUGUGGCUAACGUCAAUGAAACCGUCACAGGAGGAUAUCAGAGUCUACGAGAUCUGCACCGGGAGCUCCUCAGUGGCGAUGAGGUACCGCCCCAGAUCAGGAGAGCAAGAGAGGCAAGCGGCCAGCUCGGAAAGUCCAGCAAGUUAUCUAAGUCGCCAGAGUGGGCCGAGACGUUCGAUCCGUCGGCAAUGGCCGCUAUGAUGCAGGAUCCCGACAUGCAUCAGUUGAUGGCUUCAGUCUUUCGAGGUAUGGAGAACGCUCAUAAGUUCGGGGCUGGUACUAAUGAUGAGGGUAGUAGCGAUACGUCGCUAAAGCCAUUCUGUGAAGUCAGCUUACUCAAGCACAUGUUCGAUUCGCAGACAUUGCAGAGUAUGUCUAGAUUGGAGGAGUGCAUAGAGUUGCUUGUGGGAAAGCACAACCCUGUCGUGGGAGCAAUGACGGAGAAAACGGAGAAGAUUGGGCCGAAGCUCAGUGGUCUUUCGCUGGGAUCGCCAGCAGCGAACUUCUCCCAAUCAUUUGCGAGCUUUAUAGAGGCUCAGUGUGGAAAUCCCGAGGUUUUGUACAGAGUUCAGCUGAUUGCAUUGGAACGCGCGGGAUUUAACGACGUCGACAAGAAUGUUGCGGCUCUUAAGAGGGUACCAAUGGCUGCAACUACUCCGGCAAGAAGUCUCCGAGGAGUACCGCCCUCGAUGAUUGCAUACCUGGGUGAGGAAGAGGCCGCGAGAGUUGCCAACGCUCGACUGUUGGUGGUCGGAGCUGGUGGCAUAGGGUGUGAGCUGCUGAAGGAUCUCAGCAUGAUGGGGGUCCGGAACGUGACUACCAUCGACCUGGAUACAAUUGACGUUUCCAAUCUCAAUCGGCAAUUCUUGUUUCGGCGGCAUCAUGUGAAUCGACCGAAGGCCGAAGUCGCCUCGGAGGCCGCCAUGGCCUUCAACAAGGAGGUGAAAAUUGAUGGGAAGUUGGGAAACGUGAAGGAUCCGCAAUAUUCGUCGACAUUCUUCUCCUCUUUCGACGUGGUUCUCAAUGCUCUCGAUAACGUGAAUGCGAGGCGCCACGUUAAUCGCCUUUGUUUGGCGACUAAGCGGCCGCUUAUUGAGGCUGGGACAACUGGAUUCACUGGACAGUGUACGGUCAUAUAUCCGCAGCAGAGUGAAUGCUAUGAGUGCACGAGCAAGGCUGCGCCGAAGGUUUACCCGGUAUGUACUAUUCGGUCGACACCCUCUACCCCCGUGCAUUGCAUACAAUGGGCGAAAUUACUGUUCGAACUCAUGUUUGGCAUUGAGGAUGACAACAGUGUGUUGGCCGAUCUGAAGGAACCUCUCAAUAGACUACGCUCUUCAGAUGAUGACGCGUCGGUGAAGGCGGAUGAGAUACGACGAGAAGCUGUGGCUAUCUUUGAUCAUCUCUUCUGCAAUGACAUCAGGUCUCAGCUGGAAUUGACCAACCUCUGGGCUGACGGCAAGCGGCAGGCUCCGAUACCAGUGAGCUUCAACGAGGCGGUGGCGACAGGAUCUGAGGAGGAGAAGGAUGUACAAGUGGUGUGGUCGGUGGCGAAGCAGGCGAGAUUGUUUGUGGACACGGUGAGUCGUAUAUUCUCUAGCAGAAGGGACGAGAUCGGUACCAUGGCGUUUAGCAAGGACGACAAGAUGGCCGUCGACUUUGUUUGUGCUGCAUCGAAUAUGAGAAUGCACAACUACCACAUACCGCUGCAAAGCCGGUGGUCAGUCGAGUCUAUUGCUGGCGCGAUUGUUCCUGCGGUUGCUACCACGAACUGUAUUGUUGCCGGUUUGCAGUGUACCAAUCUCCUUGCGAUUUUGCGAGAGAUUCUUCGGUGCGAGCAAGAUCGCAGCAGAAAAUACCCAGAUCCUGCUGGGAAGAACAUCCUUGUUCCUGACGCGUUCUUGCCGCCUAACCCGGAUUGUUACGUCUGUCAAAGCUCCUGGGUGACGGUAACCCUAAACGACUUGGGAAAGUGGACUGUGCAGGACUUCGUGACGAAGGUGCUGAAGAAGCAGCUUGGUGCAUCAGCGCCGUUUUUGGUCUUCCAAGGUAACGUGAUUUAUGAGGUUACUACGGAUGAGGAUGAGGAUGAUGAAGAUGAAGGUCUGCAUCCGGAAUGGUCGCUGAAGCAGUGGGAUAUCGAGCCUGGAAGUCUCAUUGACGCCACUGACGAUAUGCAGUCAUGGAGUACUCAGAUUGUGCUACUCGAGGAUCCCAGUAUGAGUGAGGAAGACCAUCCGGAGCUGUUCACUAUCUCCCGCGGACAACAACAGGCUGCUUCUCCAACUGAGAAACGAGCCUUGGACGAUGGUACUGUGGAAGAGUUGCCCAAGCGCAGGAAGCUGAACGAUGAGGAGACUAUCAUUCACAACGGUCACUGA